UGGUGAUGGUGGUGAUGAUGGUAAUGAUGAAUAUCUUGAUUUGAGUGGUGAUGUCAACGACAAUCCAGCAUAUCCUUUCAAAAAUGAAUACAUAAUGCAUGCCCUUCUUUUCUUCAAGUCUGGUAGCUUUAAGUAUUCAGAAGUCCAAAUCAAAUCAGUUCUUGAUUUUGGUAAAUAUAUGGCUGAAAUUGCAAUCAAAGAGUACAGAGCUCAACUAGCUUUGGAUCCUUCUGAUGUUAUUUAUGAUUUCCGUGGCUAUCCCACUCCCCACAGCGUUUCCAGAUUUCACAAAUCCAAGAAAAGUUGUAUACCUUGUUUUCCUCAUGCUCCCCAUUGUGCGAAAGAUGAUAACGGCGGACUUCUUGUCGAACCUACUGAACCUGCCACAUCAACUAGCGCAUCUGGUACUGCUACAGCAGCUGACGCCUCUGCUCCUGCUCCUGCCUCUACCUCUGCUCCUGCCUCUACCUCUGCUCCUGCCAAUACCUCUGCUCCUGCCAAUACCUCUGCUCCUGCCACUGAUCCUGCUGCAACAACAAUAAAACUGCUUCUGCACCCGCUGUUCCUGUUGUUGUCGCAUCAAAGCCUGACUUGUAAUCCCUAUCUUCCUGAUCGAACACCUAACCAACGAAUCAAGCUAAGUCAAGGUGAAAAGUGGAAUUGUGAUAGAUUGUUUGAGCAUCCCAUGAUAAUUACUGGUCCAAAUCUUCAACUCUGGGUAUCGGAUAAGGUCUCUUUGCUGUCUGAGAGCAAUAUUCCUCUUCGUGAUCGCCAUUAUUUUAAAGUGGCCAAGAUAUUCCAAAUAUCAAAAGUUGUGAACGUUGAUUAUGUUGUUGCUAAUACUCGAUUGAUUCGCGCUCAUCAUGACAUGAUUGAUACUGGUAAUAAGUACAAGCGUCCACUGCCCAUUAGAUCACGUAUAAGAAGCAUAAAUCCCAAUUCGCCAAACUACCAGGUCGUUAGAGUAAUUCCGUACAACCUUUUCUCUGAUGAUACCAGUGGUAAUUCCACAUCAAAAUGGAAUUGUUUCGAUUCGUGGUCGAUGAAUCCUGCCGCUGUUCCUCUUAGUGUUGCCAAUCAUUAUUUGAAUCAAUUUUUUAUAUGUGGAUCAAAUCGCCAUACUGCUAUGGAACAGUUGCCUUCCCUUGUCCCCGAUUUAAAGAAACUGGAAACUGGUCUGCCGAUGUUUGAUGCUAUUCUCAAGGAAGAAGUCUUUGUUGUUGCUCCUCUUUUGUUUAUCAAGGCUGACAAUCCUCGUCAUGCCGAGGUUUCUUGUUUGAAAGCUUCAACAGCUACUUAUCCGUGUAGAAAAUGCUUCUGGUGUCGACAUGCUGAUGCUUUUGAUCCUAAUAGAAUUACCACGGCCGAAGAACACAUGUCAGUUCCAAGAGAAAAAGGUCACUGGAUGAGUUUAUUUCCAAGCGAUGACUCGGAUAGUACUGAUUUCUCGAUACGUGUUCGUAACAGACAGGGUGAUUAUAUCAUGGUCGAAAACUUGAUGGACCUCGGCUUCAAGGAAACUGCUGGCAAAAGGCUUUUGACGUUGUCUUCUUGGGAUCCUAGCAAGGAUACACCGGUAGAAAUUCUGCAUGGCCUAUGUCUCGGUUUAAUCAAAUACACGUUCAACAAAGCUGCUGAUUGCUUUUUCAACAAGAAGCAGGUUGAUCGCAUUAGUAUUUUGUGUGCAAAGUAUGGGUCUAAGGCUUUUACCAAUUUGUCGACGCAUCUCAAAGGAUACAAAAGCUUUCUUGGAAGAGACUUCAAACUUAUGAUUCAGAUGCUCCCAAUUGUUCUCAGAGUUGCUCGUGACCACAUUGAUUUCCUCAACCUUCGUAAUGAUCAAUUCCACCGAAUGGAUAACGUUAUUAGUACUUUUGAUAAGCUUGGUGAGCUUUGCUCAUUGUGUUAUAACUGUGAAAUACAUACCAACUUUUCUGCCUAUCUCGAUUUAUUGCGUCAAUCCGUUGAUGAUACUGUUAUUGCUCUGGAUAACCUUGAUCGUACCGUUGUUCCCAGUAACCGACGUACUCGUGGAGAGCCAGCAACAGCAACGACAACUGCAUCAGUGCCCAGUCAAACUACUUCUGAAGAGAUCUAUGGUCUUUCUGGUGAACAAUCUAAUGGUGCUACGAUUCCAUACGCCAAAACUGGUGGUCCAUUGUGUAAUCGUUUAAAGACUCAUUUGAUAGUCCAUUUGGUAGAGGAUUGUCUUCGAUUUGCUUCUCCUGUGCUUCUCGCAACUGAAAAGAACGAGCAAUUCAACAAACACAUUAGGGCAAUUGUCAUGAAGACCAACAAACAAAACCCUUCUCGUGAUUUGGCUCUUAUUAACGGUCGUGAGGUAAUGCUGAGAAGUAUUGCGAUGGGUCUUGUUUGGGAUAACGGUAUGAAAACUCGUGGUAGUCUGGUCAAAGCGUGGUUCGAUAGGUACAGUGAGGACAUGUACUAUUCUGCUAAUCGGGAAUUCGGCAGUACUGAAUAUAUUGCUGGAAAGAAGAUUGCUUUAAACAUGACGGCUAUUCUCGAUGUUGACUUGGAUUCUCUUGGGGCGCGUCGUCUGCUUGGAAAGGUGGCUAUUGUUGAGGUGUAUGAACUUGUUCCCAGGCCAGCCUUCGUGAUUCAUGAUGACAGUAGCCUCAUUUCUGUCUAUCAAGCUGACGAAGGUGGUAAUCUCCUCACCAAGAAAACUGAAGAAAUCUUGGACUUGCUGAAGUAUAAACUGACUGUGGAAACUGAGAUUGACACUUGCAAGUUCGGUACUUUCUGGUGGCUCCAUAACACUAAUCGUUAUUUCAAAAUUUUAGAAAAUGAAAGAAACUAAUCAUUUUGUUUUUUUUUACAUGUCAUUUUUUCAAAAAAAUAAAAGUCUCUUCCAUUUUGUUAUCCAAUAAAAAUGCUUAGC